AUGUUACGAACCAAUGAAAUUUCCAGUUUGGGCAGCACACGAUUCAUGAAAGUUGCUCGGGUGGAGCAUGCCGAAGGUCCAUCAUUGCUCAAAGUGUUCCUUCUCCAGGAUCCAUCAUUCUCGAUCGACCCCUAUCGCGAUCAAGUCUGUGUUAUACAAAUUCGUGAUUUAUUAUCUACCGCAUAUAACUGCUGUCCAUUCAAGCGCGUUUACGUUAUACAAAUUCGUGAUUUAUUAUCUACCGCAUAUAAUUGCUGUCCAUUCAAGCGCGUUUACGUCACUUCACGUUGUGUUGUGCUGGCACGUCGCUUCCAAAAAUACACACUUUACGAUCGUUUGAGUACACGUCCAUUUCUUUUCGAUAUCGAAAAACGAUGGAUUGCUUUCCAGCUAUUUAAGGCACUGGCCCAGUGUGAAGCUGCUGAUGUUUGCCAUGGCAUAACUGAUGUAACGCUUGUUUUAUAUAUAUAUUUCUUGCAGGAUGACCCGUCAUAUUUCACAUUCUUUUUCGACACAAGUCGACGGCUAAGUUGCUAUUUGGCACCAGAACGAUUCUGUACCAGUCAGGAACUGAAUUUACAUCCAAAUUUACCGGGUGAAUUCAUGGAUGUCUCAAAAGGCCUUACACAUUCCAUGGAUAUAUUCUCGCUUGGCUGCCUGCUUGUUGAACUUUUCACUGAAGGACAGUCUCCUUUUACUUAUGAGCUACUUGUUAAGUACAAGUAA